GAAAAGCGGACUCAGCCGAGUCCUCCAUUUCUCGAGACAGAAUCAAACGCCGUCGUUUCAUCUCCAUCUCCAUCUUCUCAACGCUCCACUUUUCGUUGCUGCUACCCCUGAAUCGGCGUCCGAAGACCUAGAUUCCCUUUUUUCGUCUUCUUCAUCGUUGAUCUGUGUGUUUCCUUCUCAGAUUUCAUAAGGAUUUCAAUGGUAUGCUAGCUGCUUGGGGAAUAAUUUAAUUGAUUUGGUAGCUGUAGAAAAUGGGGAAAAUGAGCGGCUUGUACAGGAUGACCGCUGACUUCAGACAACGGGUUUAUGAAUUUUCUCAAUUGCUGCAUGGCUUAUCUAAUCCCUUAAUAUUGGAGAGUAGAUUUGUAAAUAUUCUAGGAUUUAGUUUGUAGAUAAGGAUUGUUUAUUGUAGAUGAAUAUGGAAACAGAGUUAACUAGGGUUCAGCAUAAUGGCCAAAAGAUUACUGUGGGUUUGAAGAGGAAAAGGGCAAAUCAAGGCACGACACAUGUUGGAGCUGGCUACGAAGCAUUUUUGUCCAAGUUGACCUCGUCUAGGAAUAGACAUGCCAAGUGCAAGAGACUUGAUGACUGUGAAGUCAGUCGUGGGCCAAACUCAAGGAGAUCUUUUCUUAGAAACUAUAAAAAUUUUAGCAGAAGUGGACUUCCCAAGAGGUUUUUAUAUCACGAAGAUGGGGAUUGGGUAGAUUACCCUCAGAUAACUGUGAAGUUGAUUAGGGAACAGUUUCAGAUUAAAAAUGCGGCAAUUGAAGUGGAAUUGAAUGGCCGCCAUUUGCUGCUAGAUGCUUUGUAUAUGAUCCAAGUGGAACUGAAAACAGCUAUUCAGCAGCACAUUGCCUGGAUUGAUGACAAUGGUCAAUGUUUCUUUCCAGAAUUUUAUUCGGGUGACAGUGUGAUGCAUCCGUUCCACCAGUAUGAGCUGGAAGAUGCUUCUACUGUGGCAUUACCAGACCAUACAGGAAUGAGAGAGAUCAAUUUGCACCUUGAAAUUGGAAUAACUGAAGCAAAUAGUUCUCAAUCAGAAGGCUAUAUUGAAGAGUCAAAUAGAGAUGCUAAGAUAUCUAAUAUCAAAGGAAAAACUCUUGAUAUUGCUGAGGAUUGGGAAGACAGUGAAACUAAUAGUCAGAAACCAGUUGCUCAAAUGCAGGAGGCUGUUGGAGGAAUAAAAGAGAUUGAUUGUUAUGUGACGCCUCAAAAUGAAAUAAUUCAUUCAACUGUGGGUUUGGAUGAUGUAAAAAAUAUGUUCUUAAUGAGCAUGGAAUCUAUUAAGAACAUUGAAAUACUUGAGGUCAAACGCUGGUCUAGUCAUUUAAUGCAGGAUAGACUGGAUCUGUUUAAGAAACAAAUAGAGAUAACCAAGAAGAGUCGUGGGAAUGCCAAUGUUCAGUAUGGUUGGCUAGCUGGUAGCAUGCUACAUGGGGUAGGUCAUUUUGAGCCGAAGCUUACAGCCACAUCUGGUGUUCACCUUUCAAGCUGCGCAAAUCUUAGUGCAAGCUACUGCAACGAUGAUGAAAAGGGGGUUAGAUACAUAGCAUUCUGUCAUGUCAUAUUGGGAAAUGUGGAAGUUGUCACUCCUGGAUGUGUACCAUAUCAUCCCAGUUCUGUAAACUUUGACAGUGGAGUAGAUGACCUUCAUAAUCCAAGUCAAUAUUUUGUUUGGAAUAUGAAUAUGAAAAGCCACAUUUUCCCGGAGUAUGUUGUCAGUUUCAAGAUAUCAUCUAGCCCUCCUGAAUGUGGGCUCCAGGACCAGUUGCAGUUAAAUUGCUCUUCGAUUGAAUCAGUGGAGGAUUGUGUGUCUUCGCCAGUUCCUGAAAAGAGGUGCACAGAAAAGCAUGACCAUGGAUCUAGCUCCCUGAAGACUCCGAAGUCUCCCUGGAUGCCUUUUUCAAUGUUGUUUAAUGCCAUUUCAAAAGAAGUCUCUCUUAACGACAUGAAAUUGGUGAAGGGUCAUUAUUGCUUAUUUAGAGAAAAGAAGAUCAGUAGGGAUGAAUUCAUAAGACGUUUGAGGUCCAUUGUUGGGGAUCCGUUACUGAGAUCUAUGCUAACGAGUCUCCAGUGCAAGCUACCUCCGAAGUCUCCAUGUGCUUUCAAAGUUCCUAAGGAGGAGAAAGAAUGUUGAGGCUGUUGGUAAGAGUCUGUAUUUAGGUGCUUUUCGUCAUGGGGGUUACUAAUGUACAUGGCGUCUUACUGUUAUUUUGCCUUAGAAUUUGUCGAUCCGAUUUGUGACAUCACGACAUAAGCUUUGUGAGAUGGUCACUAUUUCUUAUGUACACUUCUCAGUUAAUUGCUUAUUUAAUACACUCAGACAAUUGCGUCCAUUCUUAUA